AUGGAGUCGUUUGAGGAAUGGCAAGACAAUAUAAACGAAUUCUCCAGAGAAAAAGAAAACUCAGAGGCAUCUGUGGCGGAAUCUUUCAAUAGAAGUAACAUCGAAUCUACUGCUCGCGCUAUAAAUGUACAAGAACCUCCAUUUUUGAUUAACUUAAUCGAAGAAGUGCGAAAGUACCCUUGCAUCUGGAACGUUUCGUCAAAGUUGCAUAAAGACAAACCAAGGAAACUGGAAGCAUUGCGACGAAUUUCUGCUGCUUUGUGUGUACCUGAGAAUGUAGUUUGUAAAGAGUUUGACAGGCUGAAGGAUAAUUAUAGAAGAUGCAUUAAAAAGCGAGAGUUGGCGACACGAUCAGGGAGUGGGGCAAAAAUUUCAGACUCAAAACCUCUUCAAAAGACUUGGAAAAGGCGAUCAGAUCAGAUUGACGAUCUUUUGGCCUUAAGCCUUGCCAAUGAUAUAGCAUAUGCUAAAAAUGGUGAUUCAAAAAAGACAACUAACCCAGAAGACCAGGACAUUCUUUUCUGUUCCAGUUUGGUUACUACCUUUAGGAAUUUGACUGGAAAGAAAAACAAAUUGGCUAAGAUCAAAGUAUUGCAAGUUCUUGCUGAGUUUGAAGAUGAUGACGAAAUGUAA